CCGGCCCAUAGACAUCACUAACCAAGUGGCUCAUGCCUCCCUCACCGGCAGAGCAAUGGCGCGGCGGCCGCCUGCUACAGCAACUCCGCUGAACCCUUGCCCGCCUCCGAACCCUACUCCGGUUUCCGCCUCCCCUCGCGGCGGAGGCAUGGCGGCCACCAUCCCCGCCGCCUUCUUCUGGCCGCCUCCCGGUAACUACCUCAGCACCGUCGACACUACACCCGUGCCGAUGCGUCACGGGCUGGACCCGGGGACGCUUAACGGCUACGGGGACAUGGUGCUCGGCUUCGUCUACGCCUACCUCCCUCCGCCGCCGGUCUCCACCGCCGCCACCCUCUCCGCCGCCGCCGCCACCACCGAGGACGGUGAAGGAAUCGACCGCAUCAGCGGCCUCCCCGACGACCUCCUCCGCCGCAUCCUCUCCCGGCUCCCCGCCAAGGACGGCGCCCGCACCGCCGCCCUCUCCACGCGCUGGCGCGGCCUCUGGCGCUCGGCGCCGCUCGUCCUCGUCGACACCCACUUCCUCCCCCGCGGCGGCGCCGAGGGCCGGCCCCCGAGCCCCGACGCCGUCUCGCGCGCCGUGCGCCGCGCCGUCUCCGCCGCCCUCCGCGCGCACCCCGGGCCGUUCCCCUUCGUCAGCCUCUCCUGCGGGUUCAUGAAAGCCGUCGACAGGGACCGCACCGUGCUCGCUUGCUGGUUCCAGCUCCUCGCCACCAAGGGCGUCGAGGAGCUCGUCUUCGUCAACCGCCCCUUGCCCCUCCAAGGCCUGCGCCUCCCCGCCUCUCUCUUCAGCUGCGCCUCCCUCCGGCGCCUGUACCUCGGCGCAUGGAGGUUCGUCGACACCGCCACCCUCCCGCGUGGUGCCUCCUUCCCCAGGCUGCAUGAGCUCGUCCUCGGCGCCGUCGCCCUGGAGGACCGCGACCUCGACUUCCUGCUCGCCGCGAGCCCCGUGCUUGAGAUCCUCGCCAUUGUUGGAAGCGUGCUGAAAUUGAACGCCCGUCUUGCCAGCCACAGCCUACGUUGCGCACAAUUCUGCCUUGCCCUCCUUGAAGAAGUGGCGGUAGUGGACGCCCCGUCCCUUGAGCGGUUCUUCAUCUGGCGGUGCGUGAAGCAACGCCACGGCGCGAGGGUCAAGAUUGGCCACGCCCCACGGUUGAGCAUGCUGGGUUACUUGGAGCCAGGAGUGCACGUGUUGGAGAUCGGCAACAUCGUCAUCAAGUCUGGAACGAUGCCGAGUCCAAAGACCACUAUUCCAAGCGUGAAGAUGUUGGCACUGCAUCUGCAUUUCAGAAUGCGCAAUGAGGUUAAAAUGCUUCCAGCCUUCCUCAGGUGUUUUCCCUAUGUUGAAACACUGUGUAUCCAGUCUGAAGAAACUCGUGAGCCCACUGGCGAGUUGGACCUCAAGUUUUGGCAGGAGACCAGUCCCAUCAAAUGCGUUCAAACACAACUCAAGAGGCUAGUGUUCCGUGAGUUCCAUGGGGAGGAAGGUGAGUUAGCCUUCCUUAUGUUCAUCGCGGAAAAUGCCCGGCUGUUGGAGGAGAUGCUUCUUGUGAUGGAACUUCGAAGGCCCUCAGCACCAGAAGAACUUUGUGCCAGAAUGAAGGCACUGGAGACUACAACGUGGGCAAGCGGGAGCAACAAAGUGGAGUACAUGCUUUCCCGACCUGGUGUAGGAGGAGGGAGCGCUUGGUCUCUCAAAGCGGGUUCUGACUUUAAGCACAAUGAUCCUUUUCUCUGCCUAUUUAAAAUGCAAACGCAGUAAAUAAACAAUCAAGUUAGACACUACUAGUAAUUUGCCACUGUUAAGCAAAUUCUUCUCGAUGCAUAUCUGACUGGAGAUAUCGCAGCUAGUUAUGUAAUAACUUAAUUACUGUUGCUGUAUAACGUGCCGUAUUUCCAUGUGGCAUCACCUUUUUAUUGUGUUUGCUGAUUGUUUACACAAUCAUCAGACCUUGUUGGUUAAAAUGCCAGGCCCUGUGAGUGGCAUUCAUCCUUAAAUGUUAUCUGAAUAUUGAUUGAACUUGUGUCAUGCAUGCAUUUUCUGCCGUCUUGUAGCAUAGACACUAGGAGUAUACCUUGCAAAGACGAUUCAGAAGAAUGUCCUUUUUGCUCUACCAGAUGGAUGUCAGGUGAUUGUGCCAAAUUAUAUUGCUUGUUUCCUGCAAUAACUGUUUCUUUGCGCUGCUGCUGUUUCUUUCAUACUAUCAGUAAUAGAAAAUGGUUAUGGGUGUUUGUAUAUUGUCGAUAUUUGUGUUGACACCAUUUUUUGACACGUGCCAAGGAAGGUGAUUUCGGUGAAGGAAAGA